AUGAAGAUGGUGUUGGUGUGGUUGUUCUUACCUCUGGUGUCAUGUUUGGAUCUCUCGGAUUGGCCUGUCACAACAUACGACGAUGACAUCUCCAACUUUACAGAGUAAUCUCUUUUACAUUGUUUUUGAUUAGUCAUCAUAUCACAUUUUACUUGUAGUUCUACUGUAGUUACCGUAGUAAAAACUAUUUAUGGUCAAAACUUUGUCUUUAAAAUCUUAAAAUGUUAUACAAAAGAUUAUUGUGUUUUUAGUUACCGUGUGUUUCGAAUAACCCCAAGCAAAGCGGACGUCCUCUCCUUCCUCAGGACCUUAUACUGGGGUCUUCCUCACACCACACUAGACUUCUGGCAGCCUCCAACUUCUCUUAAUCAUACUGUAGAUGUGGCUGUAGCCCCUGCCGUGUCACAAAGAUUCUUCAAUGAAUUGUACUACAGACAGAUACCGUACCAAAUACUCAUCCCUAACCUUCAACAGUAAGUGAUACAUACUGAAACUGCUGAGUAUCACCUCCAGCCUCUAAAACUUGUAACUAUGUCAAUGUAAUCUAUUUCUAGAGCAAUAGAUGAAGAACGAACGAUCCAGAACGUCCAGAUGGACGCCCACCACAUCCAUUUCGACCGGUAUAAUACUUUCGAACAGAUCGAGUCUUACCUAUUCGAUAUCCACCAGAAGUACCCUCACUUGGUCAAGCUACGGGAAAUCGGAAAAAGCUAUGAGAACAGAACGUUGUGGGUAGUCCAGGUAAGUCAGCAAUACUGCGACAAAUUCUUGUAGCUAGGAAAGCCGAGAACCGAAAAGAAGGCCAAACUCUGGAUCGACGCUGGAAUCCACGCUCGGGAGUGGAUAUCACCAGCUGUGGCCUUAGCCUUCAUCAACAAACUGCUGACAGGCUACGGUAAGGACGAAGAGAUCACAGAGCUAAUGGACUACAUGGACUGGCUAGUGUUGCCGGUCAUGAAUCCAGAUGGAUACGUUCACACUUUCGCUAAAGUAAGCAUGUUAUUAGUCAUCGUUAUGUGACAGAGUGAAAAGACUAUGUAUACCAAUAUUAAAGGAAAUGUAAAAACAAAUACUGUCGCUACAAGCCUUUUUAAUACCAUAGAAAGCGUAAUGUUACAGAACCGAAUGUGGAGGAAGAACAGAAGACCGUCAUCGUGCUACAAGACCACGAUGUCCACAAUGUGUUGUGUUGGAGUUGACUUGAACAGAAACUUCAACUGGUUUUGGGCAAGUAAGUCAAUAGACUCGGCCAAACUAUAUUUACUGAAAAGAGUGCUUAAUGGCACCCACAUAGCGUCGUGCAACAAACAAUUGCUGUUUCAAAACAACUGUAACUAACCCUAACAUAUGCCUAUUGUAUAACAAACUGUCAUUAUUUUAGCUACGGGCUCUAGUACUGACCCAUGUCACGAUACCUAUCACGGAACAGGCCCCUUUAGUGAAUCAGAAUCUCGAUCCGUCAAAGAAUUCCUAGAGAAGACAAAGGUCGAUGGGUUUAUGUCAUUUCACAGUUACUCUCAACUCUGGCUCAUACCUUAUGGCCACAAGAAGCGAACAUACCCUGAGGACUACUCUACCGUACUCAAACCUCUCGCACUACAAGCUACUAAUGCUCUGGGCAAACUGUACGGUACCAAAUACAUUGCUGGUACUGGUGCUGAUCUCAUGUGUAAGUCAAUAACAAUAUGUUAUUUUUAGAAUUUCAUGUUACAUUUAGGAAAAACAUUCCUAUUACUACACUUACUACAUUACAUAUCUUCGCAAAAUUGAAGUCGUUUCGCGAAUAUUAAAAUAAGUUACAGUAGUUAAGUACCUUUCAGACGAAGCUUCAGGAGCAUCUCACGACUUUGCCAAAGGCAAUCUGCAAAUAAAAUACGCGUAUCUGGUAGAGCUACGCCCUCAGAAUACUAUGUUCGCCAAUGGAUUUCUACUGCCAGAGAGAGAAAUCGUGCCAACGUGCGAAGAGACAUGGGAAGCUGUAAAGGUUGUUGCUCACGCUAUUAUAAAUGACAGCCAAGAAGGUCAGUUAACAAUGAACUUUGAAAUAUUUAAAGAAAAUGCCCUUGCAUAAAAAAUAUUUUAGGUAUUACCACUCAAAUACGACAGACCAUCACCCCCGCCCCCUACACAGAACAAACUCAAGUAACCUUCACAACCAACGGACUCAUAAUAUCCACCAAGGAGGUCACAACCGAGCCCACAGUAAUGCCCAACAGGAUCGUGCAAUGCGUGGACCACAGCCGGUACUGUAAGUGGUGGAAGGUACACCACUUGUGUCACAAAGAACGGGUCAAAAAACAAUGUCCAUUGAGCUGUCUGGCUGAGUGCAAGAUUUAA